AUGCAAAAUUACCCUGCACUUAACAUGGCCAAUUGCCCAUAUUCAGAUUUCUUCACGCUGACGCCCCAAAUUUCACCUUCGCAUAAUCAUCUCAGUGAUUAUGAUCAUCAUCUUCACGACCCUGUUGCCUGCGUUGAUGUUUUCCUCAGCGACCCUUUUUACACCUCUUUCGUUCCAGGUGGUCUUGCCUGCAAUUCGGGGGGUGAAAUCGACGGCAGAGACGAAAUAAGCCAAGACUUUAUGGCCCAGAGCCAAAAGCGCGAGGAGCCCAUCGCCGGAGAUUGGAGGGGACACCACUCGCCGGCGCCGGAAAACGGGAAACAGAGUAAAAGAUCGAAUAUUGCUGCCGGUAAUCACGGGGCACGAGGCAAUUCCUGUUCCCAGAAGUUAUCGAGAAAGGCCAUCUCCCAGUACUUCUACAUGCCGAUAGCGAAUGCGGCGAAGGAGAUGAACGUCGGCGUCACCCUUUUGAAGAAAAGGUGCCGGGAGCUUGGGAUUCGCCGGUGGCCCCACCGGAAACUGAUGAGCCUGCAAACCCUGAUCAACAAUGUCCAGGAAAUGGGGAAAGAGGAUAACGGAGAAAUGAAUGAAGAAGCUAUCAAGAUUUUGAAGCAACAAAUGAGAGAGAUGGAAGAGGCUCCAGACAUGGAUUUGGAGAAGAUGACGAAGAGAUUAAGACAAGCAUGUUUCAAAGCUAAUUACAAGAAGAGAAAACUAGUGAAUAAUGCAGCAGCUUCUUCAGAAACUGCCCUUUAG